UUCUCAGCCAUUAAUCUGGACCGAUCACUGUUGUUGCUUCCAAGUGAAUAGAGUAAUAAUAAUGAUGGAUGUACCCGUUAGCUAAUGGAUUAAUAAACCAUCGCCUUAUUAAGCGACUUUAUUUAGUUUAUCUAGAGAGUAUUUGAGACGAGGAAAGUUGUUCAUUUUUGUUGACCCCGUUCGUACUCCGUGAUCUUUCUCGGUUCUUUAUUUUCUGCCGCAGUCAGAAAUUAUUCCAGCCUCAACCAGACCGUGUUUUUUGAAGGCACUCGCGUGCUAGUGGAGGCCAGCUAUCUUAGCUUAGCUACCUCGGUUGGCUACCCAACGACGACGGUGCGUUUUGUUCUCAAGGGAUUUGUCAGCAAAAUAUACGCUGCCGGUCUUGUGACGUUGCUCGUUUUUUGCUUUCGUAGUCUUAAUCUUGUAUAAAGACAUUUAUUCACGUAACCAAAAGCCCUUGGUUGUAGUUUGUACGAUAUCUGGCUAGCUAACCUAGCUAGCUGACUAGUUUGCUGUUGGCAACGUUAGCUAGCUAACAUAGCUGGCUAACUUUAUUGCGGUCAAAUAAUGUUGCUACAACAGUGACAUUAUAAACCAAAGGUCAGGCGGCGUCAAAGGCUGUGUAAAGCAGAGAAGGACUUGAGGGAUUAGCACAUACAGGGUCUUUGUGUCACUAUUUGUCCCCCACCCACCCCCAACGCAUCAGUUUCCUGCUGGCCUUCAUCUAUGACCACCGCCAUGACCGCUCAAAGAGAGUCCGACGCAGUGAGCUUGCGUCUGAUCCUUGUGAGUGGGAAGACUGAGGACUUCACCUUCUCUCCCAAUGACUCGGCCACGGAUAUUGCACGCUAUGUCUUUGAAAACUGGCCAACAGGCUGGGAAGAGGAGCAGGUGAGCAGUCCCAGUAUCCUGAGACUCAUCUUCCAGGGACGCUUCCUGCAUGGCAAUGUCACACUAGGAGCUCUGAAGUUGCCCCCUGGCCGAACAACUGUCAUGCACUUGGUUGCCAGAGAGACACUGCCAGAACCCAACUCUCAUGGCCAAAGGAACCGGGAGAAAACUACAGAAAGCAGCUGCUGCCUAUUGCUGUAAACAGAAGAACGAUCAACCCACUGCUCCCACAAACACGCCUCCUCUGCCCUGCCACCUUCCUCUGCUUACCAAUCAAUGUGAUUGAUGAACAGCUUGGGGGUUCAAACUGAUUUCUGUUCAUUUAGUUGAUUUAAUCCUGUACAGUGGCUGGUACCUUUCUGUGCCAAGUAAUUGAUUCUGUUUUGCUUUUUUUUGGUUGCCAAAAUUUCUUUGCUUAGUCAGGUCAUAAGAAUUUGUACAUAGCCAUAGAAAAUGUACAUUUAAUAGAAAAUGAAUGGCAGUAACAUGGAAUACCUGGAUCACCGAAAGGCAGUUGACAACUAGGAAUUCUGCAUCCUGAAAAACAGGAGCCAUCUAAGGAAUUCGGUGUGCUUGGGUGAAAAUCUGGAGGUCCCCUCUUUCUGAUUGGAAAUGGAUUUCGAACUGGCUUUGCUUUAUAAAUGCUGGCUGCAUUUUAGACUCAUUUCUGAUCAUGAAGUCAAGCGCAGUAUGUGUGUGGCAGGCCUUGGAAUUACAUUUGACUCAGAUCUUGCCCUCUGGGGCAUCAAUUGUUCCGCUGUGACCUGGACAGUACAUGACAAAGCAUCACUCCUCAACAUGAUCUCCACCACCUGCUGUGAAGACCUUUUUUGCUUCAUACAUGUAGGACCAGUAUAGAGGAGCUGAUGGCACAUGCCAUGACCACCCAUGUUUGCCUUUUGGCACAGGACCAAGUGGUCGUUUGAACCUAGUUGAGAGGCACUUUUUUUUUUUUAAUUUUUUUAUUUUAUUUUAUUUUUUUAUUUUAUUUUAUUUAUUUUUUUUUUAAACAGUUGUUUUGAUCUGUGCAUGCCCUAGUGUAGUGUUUUCUUACCCUGGGUGUGUACCUGUCGUCUUGGAAAACUGUUCACCUCUUAUGUGCUUAAAUAGUGAAGGCCCCUCCCACUGAACAUUGCGUGAAAAGGUUGUCAAAUGUGCUUGAUCUUGAAAAGGCAUUUGGUCCAGGCAGGAGUUCAGUCUGCAACCUCAUUCGCCUAAUCAGACUGUCUGCCCACGCAUCCCGAGGAAUGGCCAUCACCAGCCAGCUUAAGGAAUAGGAUAAGGGAAGUAUCGGAGGGCUCCUGUGUGAACACCUCGCCCAUAGGUACUACACCAGAAGCACGGUUGAUGUCUGGCGAGGGCAAAGAUGAGUGAACAGGAGAUCGACCCUUAAUUCCCGCCAAACCCCAAACUUGGGUGUUUUAAUUCCUAAUGUUUGUAUGCUUUCUGUAUUUUCAUUUGCUUCUAAUUGUGGAGAAUUAAUAUUAUUAAUAAUGGAAUUCUUAAAAAAAAAAAAAAAGGACUUUGUAAUCUUGUCAGUGUAGUUCAGAUUUUAAUUAGUAGACAUUUAAUGGCUGACUGUGUGUGUGUGAGAUUUUGGGGGAGGGAUGGCAUGAAUGACACAGGAGAACAGAUCAGCCGUGAGUGUGUUGAGGAAAUGGUCCUGACUCUCUCCUUUUGAGUGGCCACCCUUCAGUGAGUGAGUUUUAAUCAUGACUGCUGUGGAAUUGGCUUCACAAUAUUAAAUGUAAAAAUACAAUCUGCUUAAAAGCCUGUAUUAUAAAUUAAUUAAAAAAAAUCUUUGAAGUAA